GCGGCGAGCAUGGCGGGCGCGGGCGCGAAGCGGCGCGCGGUGGCGGGCCCGGCGGUCGAGGAGGAGGAGCGGCAGGCGCGGGAGAGGAUGCUGGCGGCGCGGCGCGCGGACGGCGGCGACCCGGCGGAGGAGGGCGUGACCCUACAGCGCAACAUCACGCUGCUCAACGGCGUGGCCAUAAUCGUGGGCACAAUCAUCGGUUCGGGCAUCUUCGUGACGCCCACGGGCGUGCUCAAGGAGGCGGGCUCGCCGGGGCUGGCGCUGGUGGUGUGGGCCGUGUGCGGCAUCUUCUCCAUCGUGGGCGCGCUCUGCUACGCCGAGCUGGGCACCACCAUCUCCAAGUCUGGCGGCGACUACGCCUACAUGCUGGAGGUGUACGGCUCCCUGCCCGCCUUCCUGAAGCUCUGGAUCGAGCUGCUCAUCAUCCGGCCGUCCUCGCAGUACAUCGUGGCGCUCGUCUUCGCCACCUACUUGCUCAAGCCGCUCUUCCCCACCUGCCCCGUGCCGGAGGAGGCCGCCAAGCUCGUGGCCUGCCUCUGCGUGCUGCUGCUCACGGCCGUGAACUGCUACAGCGUGAAAGCUGCCACCCGCGUGCAGGACGCCUUCGCGGCAGCCAAGCUCCUGGCCCUGGCCCUGAUCAUCCUGCUCGGCUUCAUCCAGAUCGGGAAGGGUGGCGUGUCUAAUCUGAACCCAGAGUUCUCCUUCCAAGGCACCAACCUGGACGUGGGCAACAUCGUGCUGGCCUUGUACAGUGGCCUCUUUGCCUACGGAGGAUGGAAUUACCUGAACUUUGUCACAGAGGAGAUGAUCAACCCCUACAGGAACCUGCCCCUGGCCAUCAUCAUCUCCCUCCCCAUCGUCACCCUGGUGUACGUGCUGACGAACCUGGCCUACUUCACCACGCUGACCACUGAGCAGAUGCUGACAUCCGAGGCUGUGGCCGUGGACUUUGGGAACUACCACCUGGGAGUCAUGUCCUGGAUCAUCCCCGUCUUUGUGGGCCUGUCCUGCUUCGGCUCUGUCAACGGGUCCCUGUUCACGUCCUCCAGGCUGUUCUUUGUGGGGUCCAGGGAAGGCCACCUGCCCUCGAUCCUGUCCAUGAUCCACCCACAGCUCCUGACACCCAUGCCGUCCCUUGUGUUCACGUGCGUCAUGACCCUGCUGUACGCCUUCUCCAAAGACAUCUUCUCCGUCAUCAACUUCUUCAGCUUCUUCAACUGGCUCUGUGUGGCCCUGGCCAUCAUCGGUAUGGUCUGGCUCCGCUUCAAGAAGCCUCAGCUGGAGCGGCCCAUCAAGGUGAACCUGGCCAUGCCAGUCUUCUUCAUCCUGGCUUGCCUGUUCCUCAUCGCCGUGUCCUUCUGGAAGACACCUGUGGAAUGUGGCAUUGGCUUCGCCAUCAUCCUCAGUGGGCUGCCUGUCUACUUCCUCGGGGUCUGGUGGCAGAACAAGCCCAAGUGGCUCCUCCAGGGCAUCUUCUCCGUGACCGUCCUUUGCCAGAAGCUCAUGCAGGUGGUCCCGCAGGAGACCUAGCUGGUGGCAGACGCUGCGGCAGGGAGCACGCGAAGGCCACCCGCAGACAACGCGCCCUCAGGAAAGCAGCUCCCGGUCUUCCUCGUCCCCUCACCGUCCCUGCCCGGGGCGGCACCCACAGCAGCUGUGAACACUCUGGUACGAAUGGUGUCCUGGAAGCUGGAUGUCCCUGGUGGCUCCCGGGCACGGUGCCAGCAGUGAGCUGAGGCAGGCCUGGUGGCUCCCCCGUGGGGCCCACCGCCUUCUCCCUUCCCUGUUCAUCUGCAUUCAACUUAAAUUUGGGGUCAGGUCAGUGCCACCAACUGACUGCUGUUUAGAGAGGUCAGGAGGAGGUGGGAGACAUCUCGACAGUGCUAGCUACCUUGUGCCUCCAAGGGACCCGACGCUGGGGCUGCACAGGAGCACUGAGGACCUGCACUGGCGUGGCAGUGCCUGUCUGGCGGGCGCACCUCCGGCUGCUCCGGCCCUCCUCCCUCCAGCGCGGGUGUAGGGCUGAGAGAGAAGAGCCCUGGCUGUGUCUUCGCCUUAAAGUCUCGAUGGCUCCUGCCCUGCGAACCCUAGAGAACGAACGUUCAGCAGCAAGAGCCAGCCCUGCCUGUCCCUGGGGUUGACCAUGGGGCUGUGUGCAUCUAGGGACAGCCAGGAAGGCAGGCAGGGCACGGCUGGGGAGCCCAGCCUCUGCCUCCCACGCCUCCCACUGACCACACAGCAGCCCUUGAGCAGCCUUGGGCUGGCUUCCCCCGUGGCCAGGGUGUCGCCUUCCCCUCACGUGCCCCAUCCCACUCUCAGAAGCCUUCCUGGGCUCUCCUCUCUCUGCCUCCGGUGGGCUUUGUCUUUGUUGUGCCCCGGGGCACUUGAGGCCUGGCCAGCACAUCUGGCCACACUGUUGUUGCUGAGCUGUCAGGAAGUCCCUGCAAGUCACCCGCAGAGAGCGGUUCCUCUCUUCAGGUCAGACUGAAGGUUCUCUGAGGCCUGUGAAGAGCUCAGCAGGCUCCUGUCUUGCACUGGGGGCUCAACCUCAGCUUCAGACCACUGACCCCCCAGGAGGAGGGCAGUGCCAGCCACUUGGCAGGGUGCAGCGUGUUUCUGGGGUACGGUGUGGCUAGGUCGUGGGACCCCCACCUGCGAGGCAGGUCAGAGGGGUCCGUCUGGUUCUGGGGCCUGUGUCCAUGGUGCUGACUCUGACUUGCCGCCUAGUGUCCAGGAGCAUAGUAGGACCAUGGCCCAUCUGGGAAGUCUCUGCUGUCCAGCCAGGCAUGGCCGACAGUCCCCAGGGCCUAGGAUAGCAGACCCUGGCCUGACAGCCUCUGUUUGUCCCCUGUCUUUCCACCCCUCCUAACACUUACUAACGUGGAGGUACGGUUGGCACCGUGUUUAUUUAUUUCAGGUGGCCGGCUGGAGCCGUGGUGUAUUGUCACCGCGUCUGUAUCGGCCACCUUGGCCAUCCACUGUGGCGUCCACAGAGCUAGUGACUCGUGGCUGGUACAUCUUCUGUUCUGUGUUAAUGCUAACCUGUUACACUGGGCUGGUGGGGUGGGGAGUUCUAUUUGUGGGGUCUUUUUGUUUUUAAAGAAAUGCGACAGAUUCUAAAAUUC